AUCAAUUAUAAGUCUUGAAGAAAACUGGACAACCGACUUGAAAGUGGAAUUUGAUUGAGACUAAAAUCCCUAGUAGAGUGGAAGAUGGGUCAGAUCCAGUACUCCGAGAAGUAUUUCGAUGACACUUAUGAGUACAGGCAUGUGGUGCUCCCUCCUGAAGUGGCAAAGCUUCUUCCAAAGAAUCGGCUUCUCUCUGAAAAUGAAUGGCGUGCUAUUGGUGUUCAGCAGAGCCGUGGUUGGGUCCACUAUGCAAUUCAUCGCCCUGAGCCACAUAUCAUGCUCUUCAGGAGGCCCUUGAACUAUCAGCAGCAGCAGGAGAAUCAAGCUUAGCAAAAUAUGCUUGCUAAAGUGAUCAGUUUUACCUCCCGAUAUGUGGAAAAUGUCAAAUACAAAAUAGUUUGGUUUAUGCUCUGCGUAAGCAGUAUGAAACAUGGAUAAUUUGGAAUUUCCUAGUGUUCUGUUGUAAUUCUCUCCUUUGGAGAAUUUCAUUAUGGGUUCUUGUUUCUUUCUUUAUUAACUCUGACCUUGAUGUUUUGGUGUUAUUGGCAUCACUUGAUUAGAUAUAUGAUACUUUCUUGUGUGUUGGUUGGA